AUGCCACCACUUUCGCAUCCAGAUGAACUUGACCCCCCAGGUCCCGACAACUCCUAUGCACCCGUCUAUCUGUCUAUUCCGCGCUCGACAUGGCUCAUACCUAAUCUCGUGCUCAAGGUCGACCAGGUCACCCAUCCCGGCGCACGGACACUGUUCCAGAAUGUGGAUCUUUCCCAGGCGCUGAGAGAUGCAGUGAUCACAGUGUACAGCUGGCUGUAUACACUGCAAGACGCCCCUUUGCAACGCGAGCACCGACCGUUUUCUGUUGUCAGCGUUUACAGCGUCUCUGUGAUCUUCCGGCCCAUGGCGGGAGUAGCGUAUUCCACCGGCUCACACCACCACAAGGAGAUCCACUUCUCUCUGGAUCACAUCCAGAAUACCGCCGCACGUGCGCGGGACGAGAUCACCGGCGUAUUAACGCACGAGAUGGUGCACUGCUAUCAGUACGACGCCAAGGGAACAUGCCCGGGCGGUCUCAUCGAGGGCAUCGCUGACUGGGUACGUUUGCACGCAGGCCUUGCACCGCCGCAUUGGAAAGAGGGACACGGCAACAAAUGGGACGCGGGAUACGAGCACACAGCGUUUUUCCUCGAUUGGAUCGAGCGGCAGUGCGGAAAGGGGACUAUUCACAGGCUGAAUGCCGGGAUGAAAGAUAGAAAAUACAGCGACGCCAUAUUUAUAGAUAUCACCGGCAGCAGCGUAGACGACCUAUGGGAGCUGUAUAGACUGGACUUGAAGGAGCGGCGGGCAGACGGCUCCCUGGUGGUGCAGCCGUGA